AGUGUGACUCUUACUCUUGGGUAGCAAGCGUUGGUACUUUCAAGAUUUUGUAUAUAGCGGGCUCGCAAAUAGUGUGAUGCAUUUGCCAAAUAAUAAUAACAGUUUAUCAAAAAUGACGGAUAUGUAUGCUUCGUUACAAGAAAGUCUUCAAGAAUAUCACGGGGAAUUAGUUCAAACAGGUAGCCCGGCUAUUUUGUGUAGUGUUUUACCGAAUCACUGGCGUUCGAAUAAAAGUUUACCGAUUGCGUUUAAAGUCGUAGCUCUAGACGAUAUUCCUGACGGUACUUUAGUGACUUUGAAAGCUGGAAAUGAUGAAAAUUAUUGUGCAGAAUUAAGAAAUUCCACUACUGUUAUGAAAAAUCAAGUUGCAAAGUUCAACGAUUUGAGAUUUGUAGGAAGAUCCGGUAGAGGAAAGAGUUUUACGGUAACUAUUACUAUUAGCUCUGCACCUUAUUACCAAACAGCUACUUAUUCGAAAGCUAUUAAAGUGACCGUGGACGGACCAAGGGAACCUCGAACAAAAUCAAACUUCCAAUAUGGUUACGGUAUGCCUGGUUUACCUGGUGGCUUUAAUCCUUUCUUAUUAAAUCCUGGAUGGCUAGACGCAGCUUAUAUGACGUAUGCCUUUCCAGAUUACCUAAGAAGAACUGCCAGUAUACCCCAGCAAAAUAAUAUUAAUACGUCUCUAGUGAAAGGUUCACCAUUGGCUCCAAAUGUACAGCCUCCUCAUGAUUUCUUCAUACCUCCUCCAGCAAGUUCAACGGGACAUUUCCACACUGGUUCAAAUUUUCUACCUGCUGCGUUACCUCAUUAUUCACCAGAUAUUAACAAACUACCCAAUUUUGAAAUGCCUUUACGACCUGUGAUAUCCGGCCCGUUAGAUCAGUUGAAUUUAAGGAUAUCACCAGUUUCCAAUAGUCAGUCAAUUAGUCCCCAUUUAUUGAGUGCUCAAGAAACUAAAAUUCAUUCGACAAUGGAGCACAGUUCUUCUUCAUCAGACGAUUCAGAUAACGAAGAUAUAGAUGUGGUUAAAUCUGCGUUUGUACCUAUCAAAUCAGCCAGUACGCUUUUACAAGAAAUCCAACAUCCCGACUCAACUGUACAGGACAAAGACACGGUAAAGGAUGAAACGCAAACAGAUAGUUCAAAAUUAGUUAAAAACUCACCUGUCAGUAUAAAUCCGUCUGCUACUAAAUUAAAUUCUUCGGUUGUAAAUAAUAUCAAAGCUGUUUGGAGACCAUAUUAAUAAUAGUGAUUCAUUAUUUAUUUAUUUUUAAUUUAAAUGUACUGAAUCUAACAUUUAUAUUUAGCUGUAUUAGCUCGGAAAGGUUCAUUUUUCAUCGUUUACAACAUGACCAUUAUCAAAUUUCAUUCUUUCAAGCUCUAGUAAUAACUAAAAUCAUUUGGGAAAUCGAAAUAUUAUAGUCUGUCCGAUUAGUGAGUGAAGGUUUAAAUCCUCUGGAAACUAAUGAAAAGUAAGUUUAUUUCCGUUGCUUUGCAUUCAAGUAUAAUUGGUUCGAAAGCUAAACGAAUGGACAUACAUUUUUCUUUCAUUUGGGUAAUUUAACUUUGCUACAAAUAUAUUUGAACCAGAUCCCUUUCUAAUAUUGAGCAAUCUUUUUAAAUAAGGAAACCUAUAUAGUCCAAUCAGACAGACUGAACAAUCGAAAAGUCACUCAGAAAGCUACAAAUUGCACUUAUCCGGGAAUUCGAAUUCCUCUUGUAAAAUUUGUCCAUGAAAAAAAUUUUUUGUUUGUCGCGUUUAUAUUUAAAACGAUUCGGAAUAUCACCAAAAAGGUUCAGAUGUUGCAGAACCUUAAUUCUACUAUCGAAAUAUGGAAUUAAGACAAAUAUAUUGAACCGUUAAAGUAUUAGUUCGGCCAACUGACAUGGAAAGUAACCGAUAUAGAAGUUGAAGAAAUUUUCGUUAAAUUCCGUGUCGUUUCCGGCAUAAACGCAAGAAUUUGGCUUGUACAAUCGUAAUUCAAAUUCCUUAGCUUGAUAUUUCUAAUAUUUGUAACGAUUACUUAUUCAGAAUGUUUUUUGAUCCUUGAGGAAAUUUUUGUCUUCAAUUCGAGUAGAUAUUUCAAACAUUGGUAUUCCAUUAAAAGGGAGUAAAAAGUAGCCACCCUUACUGUACACAUUAACAAUCAAAUAUUUUUGAGAUUAAGUAUUGUAAACUGAAAAUAUUACUCUAAAUUCCGGUUUAUAUUGAAACAGUUCUCAGUCCGAAAAGUUUUUAUACAACCAAUAGAUUUGACUGGAAAAUAAACUCAAUAAAGUAUAAUUUGGUAUUUUAAUCGGAUUGUUUAUCAACAAGUAUAUAUUUAAGACAUAUUAGUGAAUAAACAAGGAACUCAAGUGAUAUUUUUAUUCUACAAAAUAUGAUUGAUAUUAUAUAAGGAAUAAAAUGCUGACACUACUUUUACCCUUAUAAUGUAAAAAACUUCGAUAAUUAAAGGUUAAAAAAUGUUUAUUGGAAAGGUCUAUUACAAUUUCGUACAGAUAUGAAUUUUGUUAUAUAAACUAGGAUAUAACGCAAAGCUUGAAAUACAUUUUUAUUAUAAUUUUUGAAAUGAGACAUUAUCAGCUAAGUACAUAAUGUUUAAUUCAGAGAUUGUCAAUCAGAUUUUGCCUUUUUGGCAUAAAUCAAAUAAUUACUGCAUUUUUUUAUUUAGAAAAUUAAAUUGUAUCAUUAUAAAAUAUCAUUUGCUAUUAGCUUUCGUACAAAAAAUUAUAGAAAAAUAUUCUCUAUAUGUCAAAUGGCAAGAAUAUUUCUGAUUAGUAUUAAUGUUCGUGGUAAAAAUAUUGCAAAUAUACGAAAUUGAGGGACAUUGACAAAGUAAUAAACUCUUUGCGAUUAAAGAAUGCACGCGGUAUAUAAAAGAACAAAUAAUAUCUAUGUUUGAGCGAGUAAUUAGAACUUCACUUCAUAAUAACCAAAUUAUCAUUGCAAAGAACAAUUUUCAAAAUUCCAUCAUCUAUGUUCUGCCGUUUUUUGAAUGAAUAUACAAUUUUCGGAUGCAUUUUGCAUUUAAAAAGUUUGUUUUCGUACAGUUCACACGCGGAAAAAUUUCCAGGGUUCUUGCCAACUAAAACCUUACAGCAAAUAUUUGGUGUCAUUUCCAAACAGACUUUCAGAUUUGAUUAUCUCAUACAAUUUAUUUUCUAAACAACCAACUAUCAUAUGAAUAAAUGUGAACGGCAGUAAUUUUUGAUUUAUAAAUUUAAAACUAGUUGCAAUAUUUUAUUAAAUCGAUGUAUAUAUUAUUUAUUUGUAUAUAAACGAGUGUAUAUAUUGUAUAAAAGAUGUGUUAUAGUUUGAGAGAUUUUAAAAAAAGACGAUGAUGUACUGCAAUUGUGAUAGCAGAAUAAUUGAUAGUUAUUUAGGUAUUUUUGUACAAGUAUUACUGGCAUUCUUUUAUGAAUCCUCUAUUAUAGUGAAUAAAUGAGUUUUUAUUGA